UUUGUGUUUUCUGACCAAUCAGAGCUGAUGGGGACGAUGGGCUUCUCUCAGGAGGAAGUGAAGAAGGCGCUGGAAGGUCAGAAAUACAAUGAGAUGACGGCGAUAUACCUGCUGCUGGGGAGGAAAACUGCAGAGUCUGAAGGCGGUGAUACUCUGUCCAGUAACCUGCUCCAGAGGUCACGGCCCAGCAGCGACCUCAACGGCUCCAGUCAGUCGCCCGCACACUCUCGCAACACAUCGACCAAUCAGAAGCAGCGGCGCUUCAGCGACCACG